UACUGAGUCCUACUAAGUGGACAGUCACUGGCAUCAAUCCCAGCGUGGAAUGAUGGCUGAAAAGCCAGUCGAUCCUGGUUGUGUGUCAAUCGCUUUGGAAGAUGCGGUUUGCAAUGGCGCCUCCCAGGAUGCACCUCUUCUCACCACACACCUCAAGAAGGUGGAGAACCACAUCACCGAGGCACAGCGAUUCUCCCAUCUGCCCAAACGCCCAGCGGUGGACAUAGAGUUCAAUGACCUCUCCUACUCCGUCAGCGAGGGGUCUUGCUGGAAGAAAAGAGGAUACAAGACGCUGUUAAAAUGCCUAUCUGGAAAGUUCUGCAGUCGAGAGCUAAUUGGGAUCAUGGGUCCUUCAGGCGCCGGAAAGUCAACCUUCAUGAACAUUCUGGCAGGAUACAGGAAAACUGGAAUGAAAGGCCAAAUACUGGUGAAUGGACAACCUCGGGACCUGCGAACUUUCAGGAAGAUGUCCUGUUACAUCAUGCAAGAUGACAUGCUCCUUCCACACCUGACUGUAUUGGAAGCCAUGAUGGUAUCGGCGCACCUCAAGCUGAAGGAGAGAUUAGAAGUUAAAAAGGAGCUGGUAAAUGAAAUCCUGACAGCCCUGGGUCUCCUCGACUGCUCAGACACGCGGACUCUCUCUCUGUCUGGUGGACAACGCAAGCGACUGGCCAUCGCCCUGGAACUUGUCAACAAUCCCCCUGUCAUGUUCUUUGACGAGCCGACCAGUGGGUUAGAUAGCGCCUCCUGUUUCCAGGUGGUAUCGCUGAUGAAGUCACUCGCUCAAGGUGGGAGGACCAUUAUCUGCACCAUCCAUCAACCCAGCGCUAAGCUCUUUGAGAUGUUCGAUAAGCUGUUCAUCGUGAGUCAAGGUCAGUGCAUCUACAAAGGAGUAGUCCCCAGCCUCAUCCCGUACCUUAAAGGCCUGGGCUUGCAUUGUCCAACCUAUCACAACCCUGCUGAUUUUAUUAUUGAAGUUGCCUCGGGUGAAUAUGGAGAUUUGAACCCUCUGCUGUUCAAGGCUGUUCAGGAUGGAAUGUGCACCAUGGCGGAGAAGAAGAACCCAUCCAAAGGGGGUGAUCCUUCAAGCUGGAAAUCCCAGAGCCUAACGGACGCGGGCCCCAUUGAGAGCUGCACUUUUGCAAUAAGCUCUUUUGUUCAGUUUUAUAUCCUCUUCAGAAGGACCUUCAUUUCCAUUCUGCGAGACAUGGUUUUGACCCAUUUACGAUUCAUGUCUCACAUCUGCAUUGGAGUCCUCAUCGGUCUGCUGUACCUGAACAUUGGUGAUGAGGCAGAGAAAGUAUUCAACAACACAGGAUGCCUCUUCUUCUCCAUGCUCUUCCUCAUGUUUGCUGCUCUGAUGCCAACCGUCCUGACCUUUCCAUUGGAGAUGUCCGUAUUUCUGAGAGAACACCUCAACUACUGGUACAGCCUAAAGGCUUACUACUUGGCUAAAACAAUGGCGGAUGUUCCUUUUCAAGUGAUCUGUCCAAUUGUCUACUGCAGUAUUGUCUACUGGAUGACAUCGCAGCCCCCUGAGGCUUCCCGCUUCCUCUUGUUUGCCAGUCUGGCCACAGCGACAGCGCUGGUGGCCCAGUCACUUGGACUCCUGAUUGGUGCUGCAUCCACAUCUUUACAGGUAGCCACCUUUGUGGGUCCAGUCACUGCCAUCCCAGUGCUUCUAUUCUCGGGAUUUUUUGUUAGUUUUGAUACCAUCCCCACCUACUUACAAUGGAGCUCCUACGUCUCUUACGUAAGGUACGGCUUUGAAGGCGUCAUCCUGUCAAUAUAUGGACUGGACAGAAAAAACCUGACCUGCAAUACUGGGUUUUGCCCGUUUAAGGAACCAAAGAAAAUUCUGCAAGUAAUGGAUGUGCAGGACUCAAAACUUUACAUGGAUUUCAUUGUCCUUGGUAUUUUCUUCAUUAUCUUGCGUUUCCUGGCUUACCUCGUUCUUCGAUACAAAGUCAAGUCCGAGAGAUAGAGAGAGAGAGCUUCACUGCAGGUGAAUAUUCUGCAGCGUUCAGUCGUAUUGUCUAUGAGCUGGAUUCAUUCUGCUGAACUUGUGUUUUGGAUGUGGCCUGUAUUAGGCUCAUCAGCCACGGGAUGGGCAUCAAAGCCAGAGAGAUCAUUACAAGACUAAAUCUCCAAAUGUCACAAUGGCUGGUGAUGGGCCUUUUGAUUUCAAAGAUCUUAUUUUUGCUGCUGCAGUUACUUUAUUGAAACUUGAUUAACCCUUACCCAUCCAGAGAACAAUUUAUCAAAAGAAAAUGCAACUUUUUGGAAGUUGUAAAUGAAAUAAUUCUGCAUGGGCCUUCUGCACACUGACAAUUCAAGGAA